AUGAAGAAUCUCCUCUUUGCCGUGCUCUUGGCUUGUGGGCUGCUGCCGGCUCGCGGCAGCGUUUUGGAGCUGGAGCAGAUGAUCAAGGUGACCACGGGGAAAAGCGCCCUGCUCUCCUACAGCUGGUACGGGUGUUUCUGCGGCAUCGGGGGCAGAGGGACCCCGGUGGACUCCACCGACCGAUGCUGCCAUGCCCACGACUGCUGCUACAAGAGGGUGCGAGAGGGCAAAUGCAGACCCCUGAUAACCCCCUACCACUUCGAUGUUGUCAACGGAGACAUCAUCUGUGGUAAAGAGCAGAGCUGGUGCAAAAGAGAGACCUGCCUAUGCGACAAGGCGGUGGCUUCGUGCUUCGCGAGCGCUAUGCCUUCCUACAAUGCAUCCUACCGCUUCUAUUUCAAGCUGAAAUGCCAAGGAAGCAAGCUCCAGUGCUGA